AUGGGUGAAAGGGGGGAAACAGGACCAAUAUCGCCUCCCUUGGCUAUCUCUAUGACCCUUUCGGCAUUGUUUGGCAUGGCAUGUCUUAACUGCGUGGAAAUCUUUAUCCUUGCCAUUCAUACCUUCAAGAAAUACACCGGUCUUUAUUUUUGGAGCAUACUUAUUGCCAAUACCGGUACCCUCUUCUUCGCAAUCGCCAACAUUCUUCGACUCUUUGGUCUCGUGGCAAACUUUCCGAUAUCCGUGGCCUUGGUACUUAACUGGUGGGUGAUGGUUACAGGCCAGUCAGUUGUCUUGUACUCCCGGCUCCAUCUUGUGACGUCUAACAGGCAGACGAUACGCUGGGUGCUUGCCAUGAUUGUCACCAACUUUUUCAUCAUUCACAUCCCCGUCACAAUUGUCUGGCUUGGUUGUCAAUUGGAUCCUGGCCGUUUUCUUCACUUAUUUAACGUAUGGGAGAGAGUCCAGCUAUCUGUGUUCACCCUCCAGGAAUUCAUCAUCUCUGGCAUUUACAUAUGGGAAGCGGGACAUAGCCUCAAAGUCAUCCUCGCUAACAGAGGCCAGGAAGGGCAGAAUGUUAUUCGACAACUUGUUCUGAUCAACAGUCUUGUAAUCCUCUUCGACAUCUCUCUUUGCAUUACUGAGUUCACGGGCUAUCUUUAUGUACAGACCACUUAUCAGCCGUUUAUAUAUAGCCUUAAGCUCAAGAUGGAGUUUAUUAUUCUCAACAAACUAAUCGACAUUAUCCAUCGGCCCCGAUACAGCGAAGCAUACUGGCAAUUUCUACGAACGUAUACCGCAUCAACGGCUGGUCAAACCAGAAGCGGCCAAACUACGAACUACCAAUUCUCAAGAGAAGAUAUGAAUGGGCCGUAG